UAUUACCACCCGAACCUGUUGUUAGUAACAUCUUUCAAUUUCUUGAUUUCUGUCAAUGAUAAAAGGGCGAAAGACACAGCGUCACAUAUCAAAAAGGAACUUCAUGAUAAGACACUGGAGUGGGAAAAACGGAUAUGGAUUUCACUUCCAGACAAUGAACAACACAAGAAUCACAUUGUAGGAGAGGCAAGUUCAUUUCAUGUUUUUAUCCAAGAAACAAAAAGACAUUUGGAAAUAUUUGUUGCAAAAGACCAGUUUCUCAACAACAAAACAACACGAAUAUUUUACCCACACAUUAAUGACAUACGAAACCAUAUGUAUUUGGCUACAAUGGAAUCAAGAUAUUCCAAAAUUGAUCAAAAUGACUUGGAGGCAAGGAUAUAUAUUUGGAAACAUCAAAAUCUCGAUGAUCAUUACUUUUUUAGACUGUGAAGGCAGUCAUACUUCAGAGGUUGAACAAACCAAUGUUGAUGUUGACAACAUCUUUGAUGUCAUGGCUGCUAAAAAAAUAAUCUCC